CCAUUUUGUAAGCAGCCAACGGAAGAGACCGGACAGAAAAACGGAAAUUCAUCAAUCGCAUAAGGCAUAAGCACGCGAUAGAAAGUACACGGAAUCGUGUUCAUUAAACAAGUUUGUUAAAAUCAAUAAAUUUAUUUAGUUACAAAAUUACAUCAGUAGAAUACAAAUAUUAUUUUUUCAACUACGCGUAUGCGCUAGAUAGCGUGUAUUAAAAGCAUCACAAUGAGCCAAAUGUCUCGAUACCCGUCCGACUGCAAAGUCUACGUCGGUGACUUGGGCAGCAACGCCACAAAGCAAGACCUCGAGGACGCCUUUUCAUACUACGGACCACUGAGAAACGUGUGGGUAGCCAGGAACCCACCAGGAUUCGCAUUCGUGGAGUUCGAGGACGCACGAGAUGCCGACGAUGCUGUUCGUGGCCUUGAUGGACGGACCAUCUGCGGACGCAGAGCCAGAGUUGAGCGUUCUAAUGGAAAACGUCUGAUGCGAGACCGCGGUUCUCGUCGCGGUGGCGGUGGUGGUGGAGGCGGAGGCGGUGGUGGCCGACCAUUCCAUCCAGAGGACAGGUGUUACGAAUGCGGAGAACGUGGUCAUUAUGCCCGCGACUGUCCCAAACACAGGGGUGGCCGUAAACGCAGGUCAUUUUCACGAUCGCGUUCGCGAUCACGCAGCAAGCGCUCUAGAUCCCGCUCAUCUUCUCGCAGCCGGUCACGUAGCCGUAGCGGCAGACGUGCCAAGUCGGCCAGCAAGGGCCGAUCUGAAUCUAAAGAUCGUAGCCCACCACCGCGUCGAUCCCGCUCAAGAUCGGCUUCAAGAUCUCGCAGCAGGUAAAAAUGGAAAUCUAAUGGUGACCGUAACGGAAAGUUUUGAGUAACACAAUUUCAUAAUAAGGAUCUCAAGCUUUUAAUGUUACUAAUAAUUAUUUACUUAACAAUAUAAUUUUAGUUUUAUGUGUUUUAUUGUCAUGUAACUCUGAGCCUUUAUUUAGUAGGCGAUUCUGGAACAAUACAACAAGGUAAUUGUUAUUGUUCUUCAUUUUUCUCGUAAUUAUUUUCACUUCAGUAAGUAUAUACUGAAGAAUAAAUAUGCAUUAAUUAUGUGUUAGAUGAAAUAAGUAAACAUUUAAUUGAAAUAAAAAUUUAAAAUACACUUUCAUACAAUA